AUGGCUAAUUACACAGUGGUGCGUUUGACCAAAGUUCAACCAUAUCUGCAUACGGUGGGCAGUAGUUUUGCAGCUUUGGCCAAUGCCGAUAGCUAUUAUGCGCCGACCUUGGAGGCCGAGUUACUGGAUUUCCAUGCAAAUGGCACUGCAACCCAUGCCAAUUUAACGGCGGAGAGCGUCCUGGUCCUCAUCGGCGACGAGAACUACAGCUAUCGAUCCACCUCGACCAUAGUCCUGAUGGUCUCCGCCUGGAUCCUGCUCAUCCUGGGCUUUGUCUUCUGCUGCUGCGCCGAGUGCUGCGGUGUCAGCGUGUGGCGCGGCCGAAAGUCGCGGUCCAGCAUCGAUAUCGAUGGCCUUAAUCAGGUAGAACAAGGUGGAAAUGGAAGUGGGAGUGGAAGUGGGAUUGGGAGUGGUAGUGCCUCCGCCCACGAUGCAGCUGCAGGCUGCCGUCGAAUAUUGAUUGGCCUGGGGAGACUGGCCAAGUUCACCCUUGUCUGUGGAUAA